UGUAAAGACUGUGGUCAGGAGUCGGCGUACAGAGCGAGGGGCAGCGACAGGAGAUUGGGAUUGCGAGGCUCUGGUUGUGAGACACAUGCAAAGUCUCAGCCUCAGCUUGGGGGAUCCACCACUGUUGCCAGGCGCGUCCCCACUACGCGACGUCUGCCGGCUACGGCUACAGAUGCAGGGUUGCUGUCUAACCGGGCAACGCACCUUGGGUCCCUUUGUUACUUUGCCUUGGGCCCGCCGCCAUCCAGCCCUAUUAAUAGCAGUAUGAAAGAGAGCGAGCCGCUUACGCUUGACGGACAAAAAAGAAAAGGUCGUUCCUGGCCGUCGGUGCGAUGA